AUGACCACAUAUUACUCCAUGGUUCCUGGCCAAGGAAAUUCUGAGCUUCAGAGUAAUAGUGCCAGCGGCCAGAUUCAGAACCAGGGAUUGAUGUUUCCGGAUACUACCCCAGUUGCGUCGAGUGCCGUUAUGAGCAACGGCUUUCUGGACCACGAUAUGCAUCCAAACAACUUCAACUUCAACUCUGGACCUGGAAGCCAUAUGACACCCCAGGCAGUUGACUCAAGUUUUCAUUCUGAUCUUCGCUUUACAGGUGGUUACUUGGAGAAUCAGGCCGUCUCAAAUGCACUUCCUUUUGAGACCAUUCCGUCGUCUAUGCAGACGCCGGCGGCAACUCGCGUAUAUCCUCUCCGUCCUUCGAGCCCCCCUCCCGGUCCGGCUGAGCAGCCAGAGGUAAACUUUGAAGGCUAUCCGCUUGAUUUAGUCGGUCUCACCAUUCCCGACAACGGUGGUCCCGAAGAGCUGGCGCGCCGACAGCUAGCAAUCGAGCAAAACCAGGAGAGCCACCGGCAGAAUCCGCCCGUGAUUCCCGACCACACCCUCGGUGAAAUGGCUCCCAAGCAAGUCUUUCCAGACUUCGUCAAGCCCAGCCAGAACACCUCGCCCGAGGAAAAGCUCCUCAUGGAGCGCGAGAACAACAGACUCGCUGCCCAGCUGCAGAAAGAGGAUCGAGCCCGCAACAACGAGGCAGCCAAGCGCAGCCGCCUUGCCAAGUCUGAGGCACUAUCCAAUGCCACCAAGCUCAACAUCACCCAGUUCAUCCGGAUUGCGUGGUUGGAAGCCAAGGUGAUUGGCCUCGGUGGCAAUCCUGGCGACUUCGACUGCAUCCGCCCGGACAUGCUCCUCAAGAUCCGCAACGACGUGCUUGCGCGCAUGGACGUCGUCUAUGCCCGGCGCAAAAAGAACAGGACCGAGCAAGAGUCCCGUAGAAGAGCGCUUCGGAACAAGGACCGCCAGCGGAAGAAAGCGGCGGCCAACGAGCGCUUUGCUCGCCAGAGAGCUGAAGCCGCUCGUGCCGCUGCUGCGUCUGCUCCUGCUACGCCCGAGACGCCGGUCCAGGCAGCUCCUCAGAGUGGCAUGACGAACUCAAUGGAUUGGGCCUCGUUCGUUCCAUCUUACGACUUUGGUCAGACCUAG